AACUAAAGAUGGCGACUCUGGCGGCGCUGAGGGUGAAGCUUCAGGGAAUGAAUGAGGCAUAUUUCCGUAAGAACUGGAUUACAGAAGAAAACCGAUUAAGAGAACAUAGUGCUGCUGUGAAAAUCCAGAGCUGUUACAGAGGGUUUAAGGUUCGAGCACAUAUCAGAUACCUGCAGAAAAUAGCAAUCAUCAUUCAGAAAACAUGGCGAGGAUAUUGUAGCAGGAUGCAUUUCAGAACCAUGGUGCAGAGAGCAUAUUUUAUUAUGAAGAUGAAUUUCUACAAUGAAAUGGCUGUCAGGAUCCAGAAAAGUUGGCGUGGAUAUUAUGUUCGAAAGUACAUCCAUAAUUACUAUGACAUGCAAAAGUAUUUCAAAGGUCUCAGCAUGAAAAAUCAGAUUGUGAGGAAAGAACUAGAGGAGUAUGAAGAGACAAAGAAGAAGGAACGGGAAAAGAAAGCUGUAGAAAAGGAAGAGAGGAGAAAACAUUACCAAGCUCGAAAGAUGCAUUACCUCCUCAGCACUGAGCAGCUUCCAGGUAUUUAUAACUCUCCAUAUUUGCUGUGCCCGAAUGAGAUGGAGUGUAGGUUACAACAGGUCAGACCACUGACUCCGAAUACAUCUCGGAAAAAGGACGCCACUGAGGGUCUUGUGGAUCCAUCAAUGCCUGACAUUCCAUGCAGGUUUCCUCAAUUAGGGCUGCUGCCACCUGUAGGCAAAAAGAAACCACAGGGUCCCUUCCGCGAUACUGCUGAAGUAUUGCAACAGCGCUACAAGCCUUUGGAGCCAACCUUGCGGGUGGCAACAUCAAUCAUGUCGGAGAAAGAGGCCAGAGAGGAGAUGAAAAGAGAAGAAUGGAGAAAUCGUGUACACGAUGAUAUGUAA